UCACACCACCAAAUAACACUCGCCCCCUAAUUAAUAAACCGAAUAAAUAAAAAAAUCUCUAGAACCUCUCUCCUUUAUUUCCCACAAUUGUAGUGAACUUUGAUCCGAAAGUUUAGCAUCAAAAUAACUCAUUCUUUGGUUGUUAUUGUCUCUUCUAAUUCUGUUAUUACGGUUAUAACAAACUUUCCACAUCGUAUUCAUUUCCGUUACAAGGUGCCGUUAUGACGACGGCGGAAGAUAAGGCCGCGCUUUAAUAAAACAAGUGACUUUAUCUGCCAAUUCUUCCUAUCCCCUUCACAAAUUGAAAAUUAAUUAUGUCGAAUAAGGUUGUUCUCCGACCGGCGGGAUCGUCGAACCACCGGCGACAGCCGCUACUACAACAGAGCCAAAGUUUGUCAAAAGCAGCGACGCAUAUCGGUGAAGUGGUCGGAGGAACAGCCGCCGUGUGUUGCUGCUGUCCAUGUGCAUUGGCAAACAUUGUUUAUUUAGCGAUCUACAAAGUUCCGGCGACUCUUUGUAUUCGAGCGUUGAAGAUGAGAAAGCAACGACGGCGUCGCCGCCUUCAAACUUCGGCGGAAGGUGUAUUUCCGCAGAAGCGACGUUGCACGUGUGGAUGUUGUGAUGACGUUGGUUUUCGGGUACAUCCCACGUGUGGUGAUGAUGACGUGAUUGGGGGUGUGAAAAGUCAGAGUAUGGGGGUAGAAGAAGAAUUGGAAGAUAAAGAUGCAAUGGAAUUGGAGAAAGAGAUGUGGGAGAGGUUUUAUGGUACUGGAUUUUGGAGAAGCUCUUCUCAGAGACAGAAAGAAUCUUUAUCUUUUUCUUCCUCUACUUCUUCUCAAUCUCAACAAUGGGUAUUAACUGCUACUAUUUCUGCUCCAAAUCUCCAUGUUCGUAAUGUAUCAUCAACCUUGUAAUAAUCAAACCAAAUCAAAGGUUUUAGUCAUAUAUUAUUAUCAGUUAAUUUGUGUAAGUUUUCUUCUCACAAAUAUAACAAUUUUUUGCAGGGUUUGAACUUUUGUUUA